UAUAUCACCGUUAAUGAAGUAAAGUUAUAAAUAUGGGUUAUUAUCAUUGAUUCUAUUCCUAGUUGUAUAGUUGUAUUGUUCCCUUAGAUACUACAAGUUGACCUUCCCUUUAAGGGUUUGGCAGGAAGAUGAGUAGGCAAGCUACAUGAAAACACUUGCUACUUUCAUUCCUCGAAACCAAGACAGUUAAUCAUUUCAUCAAAUCUUAUCAUCUCCCCCAACAAAUCCACCCCCCAAUCCCCAAAAAAUUAAAGAUAAAAUAAAAUUAAAUUAAAAAACCCUAAUAUUAUAUUAUCCAAAUUUACUUUUUAAACGAACAAAAAGAUUCUAAAUAAUCCCUCGUAAACCACCCACCUUUCAAUAAAAAAUUUAAAUUAACAUAAAAAAUAAACUACCUACAAUUCCUAUUUCUUUUUUUUAAAAAACUACCAAAAAAAACAACCAAUCAUAACUCAAGACGUGGGCAAUAAAUUCCGUUAAUUCAGUUACGUACCCUUUUUCUUAAGCAGCGUAACGCUUACGCAUUCUCUCUGUUUAUUUACUCUUAUCCCAAUUCCAAACAUCCCCCCUUCGCCGCGCCAUUACCAAAGAUUUGAUCAAAGAUUCAUCAUAGUAAAGUUGAUGAAUUCAAGAAGUGGUUCAAGAUCAAUUGUUUCCCACAAGCAGGGAAACAAGAACAGUUGCUUUUUCUGGGUUUUAGUUUGUUCACUUCCAAGUUUCCUAGGCACUUUAAUCCCUUUCCUUAACUUCAUUUAACUCGAACUCGAAAUUAGACUGUAAACAAACCCAUCAAAGCCCUUGUUUCACAAUUUUUAACCCAAAAAAAUGGUGGUACUAGCAUCAGAUUGUGUUGGGAUUCAGAACUUUGCUGAUGUUUUUGGUCCAAUAUCAGUGCAACCCUCAAUUGAUCCUUAUUUUCGCGAUUCCAAGGACUCGAAUUACCCUCAAAUAGAUAAUGGAAUGUAUGAGAUUUCGUCUUUGGAUCUUGACAAAAAAUCAGGAUGUGUUGUUGGGGUUAAGGAUUUUGAAGUGCUUAGAGUUGUGGGCAAGGGCGCUUUUGGGAAAGUUUAUCAAGUUAGGAAGAGAUCAUCUGAUGAGAUUUUCGCGAUGAAGGUGAUUGCAAAGGACAAGAUAAUCGAAAAGAAUCAUGUCGAAUACAUCAAAUCUGAGAGGGAGAUACUAAUGAAGAUUGACCAUCCUUUUAUUGUUAAGCUGAACUACACAUUUCAGACAAAAUAUAGGCUGUAUUUUGUGCUAGAUUUUGUCAAUGGCGGUCAGCUGUUCUUUCAGCUCCUUCAACAAGGUUUAUUCAGGGAGGAUUUGGCUCGAGUUUACGCAGCUGAGAUAGUCUCUGCAGUUGCAUACUUACAUGAUAAUGGCAUCAUGCACAGGGAUCUUAAGCCAGAGAACAUUCUAUUAGGCGCGGAUGGCCAUAUAAUGUUGACUGACUUUGGUCUAGCAAAACAAUUCGACGACACAACAAGAUCAAACUCAUUGUGUGGAACAACUGAGUGCAUGGCUCCUGAAAUUAUACUUGGCAAAGGGCAUGAUAAGGCUGCAGAUUGGUGGAGCGUUGGGAUUCUCUUGUAUGAGAUGCUCAUUGGAAAGCUACCUUUCAGUGGUGGAAACAGAUUCAAAUUACAGCAGAAAAUAAUCAAAGACAAGAUCAAGUUACCUACUUUUUUAACAAGUGAAGCACAUUCUCUAAUAAAAGGGCUGCUAACGAAAGAACCGAGCAAGCGGCUAGGAAGUGGGCCUCAAGGAGAAGAUGAGAUAAGAAGACAUAAAUGGUUCAAGUGCAUCAAUUGGAGGAAGUUAGAAAACAAAGAAAUCCAACCAAGCUUUAAACCAGUUGUUGGUGGUAAAGAGUGUGUUCUUAAUAUUGCAGAGGAAUGGACCAAAAUGCCUUUGGUCGAUUCGCCAGCUACUAGUCCAAGGUCGAAGGAGGAGAAUGAAAAUCUCUUCAAAGAAUUUGGUGAAUUUUUUUAAGAUCACUUCAUGAACCUCUCAUAGAGGAGAAGUGUUGAUAAAUGUUGAAUUUGAAAUUUGUGACACAAAAUUUCAGAUUAAUAAAAUAAAGCUAUUCACCAAAUCCUUUCAAGUGUU